AUGGACCCCAGGUUCUGGUUGGUAAUCGCCUUUUUCACUUCUUGGAUUCGUGCGCGUAAAGUUGAUGGGCAAUGUCACACAACGGAGUACUCUGUCAAAGGAAUGUAUCUUCGAGGUCACACAUUCAAAAACGUACAAGUUGGACUGCACGAGUCCUGCUACUUCAAGUGCACCGAAGAAGUCACAUGUCAGAGCUACAACUUCGUCAUUGGUCAAAACAUUUGUGAGCUAAACAAUCGUACAAAAGAAGCAAGACCUGAAGAUUUUUUGCCAGACAAGACGAGAUACUACAUGAGACGUCUCACUAACAGAGGUUAUCAUAUAAAAAGAGAAGUGUUACGCAUAAGUGUGUCUCAAACAACGAAGCUUUUCUAUGAGCUUCCGAUUUCGCGAUCCGAUACUCUAUCAACUAAGCUCUAGAAAGCUUGCUUCGCGAGCUAAGCUAUAUACCGAGUUAAGCUAUAUACCGAGCUAAGCUAUAUACCGAGCUAGGUUUUAUUCCCAUGCAAAGGGUUAUUUUAUCGUUCUAAUAACUUUCUUUGGACUUAUCGUUUUUUUCCGUUUUGAUUUUUUAAGUUUCCAAUGAACAAUUUCACAUUAUCCCUCUUACUGAGCCGCAUCUUACAAUCCACUCGCUUUUAGUUAGAGACCCAUGGUGCAAGGUAAACGAGAAAUAACACAGUUCAGAAGAUGAGUAUUAGUCGCCAAUUUGUCAGUUAGGGAAGUUUUCCAGUAACCUUCGACUUGCUACUGCCAGUUUUCCGAGCUGACAUCCGAAACUGUCGCACAAGACCAACUCCUAUGUUCUAUUAACCCGUUUCUUUUUAAUAUCGUAUAGUAUCCCUGGGAUCCAUCCCACAGCUUCCAGCUGAAUCAUGCAGUGAGAUCAUAGCCAGUGAAGGAGGUGCGGUGGAAUUCAAGAAAUACUGGAUACACUCCGAUGGGAAGAAUGGGUCAAUUGAGGCUUACUGUGAAGGUAGUCUGAUUUGAUUUGUAAACCUAAUAUACUGCAUCCAACAACGGUACUGGUUCUGACCAGUGAUUUCGAUGGAACUGAUUACAAAUAUGGGCCUAAAUCAAACUGUUCAAAGGCAAAGAAACAGUCACAGUCUCCGUUGUGUUUCCUGUGAAACUCCCGAGGGACUUUUCCCUUUAUCCAACCUCGGGGUACUUUGCUCGGGGUACUAAGGCUGAUUCAGGUCUAAGGAUGAUGUAGGGGCUUAGAAACAGAACUCCUGACAAGAAGAACACCCCAGCCACAUAGAUUGCUUACAAUUACAUUAAUAUUUAAUUUAUUACAGGUGGCUGGCAGAAGGUAAAUGGCAAAGAUCCAGUCUGCUUUGGAACCAAAGGCAACAUGUACGGUUCCAUCAACAUCACGAAAACUGGACACCUCAGGACAAUGAAGCUCAUUCACAAAAAUGGAUCGCUACAUUGCAAUUCAGAAACGAGUCCAUCUUUCUGGGGCUGCACCUUCGCAUCAUAUGGCAAAAACUGUCAACAAUUAUAA